GCAGUUUGAGAUAUUUUUAGAUUGGAGUCACCAUAUCUAUUUAUAGCAUUAUAUCCAUAGUUAUACAUUCCUUAAAAAGGGUGUGUUUAAACACAAGUCUUCAAAAUUUUGGUGAAGCAAAGCUGAACACGAGAGACUUAUGGCUGCUAUACGUAAAAAGUUAGUGAUAGUUGGAGAUGGUGCUUGUGGCAAAACAUGCCUUCUUAUGGUAUUCAGUAAAGACCACUUUCCUGAAUUUUAUGUGCCUACUGUGUUUGAAAACUAUGUAGCAGAUAUUGAAGUAGAUGGGAAACAGGUUGAACUUGCCUUAUGGGAUACUGCUGGUCAGGAAGAUUAUGAUAGACUACGACCUCUCUCCUACCCAGACACAGAUGUCAUUCUCAUGUGCUUCUCCGUCGAUAGUCCAGACAGUUUGGAGAACAUACCAGAGAAGUGGACACCAGAAGUUAAACACUUCUGCCCUAAUGUUCCUAUCAUUCUUGUAGGAAACAAAAAAGAUCUGAAAAACGAUGAAGCUGUAAGGUGUGAACUUGCAAAAACAAAACAAGAACCUGUGAAAUAUGACGAUGGCCGUGCAAUGGCUGAACGUAUUGGGGCUUUCUGUUAUUUAGAGUGUUCUGCUAAGAACAUGGAUGGUGUAAGAGAAGUGUUUGAGCAAGCAACAAAAGCUGCUCUACAAGUAAAGAAAAAGAAGAAGAAGAUAAAGUGUAGAAUAGUGUAACAUUUUUGACUUUGUUUUACAACAUAUAAUGAGAUUAAUAUUUAUAAUUGUAUUGCUGGAUCAUGGAGGUGAGAUGAGAGGUGUUUAAGCAGCAGCAAUUAAGAUCAGCUCUACAAGCAAUAAAGAAGAAUAAGAAAAAGCAGAAAUAUUCUAACAAUAACAUUUAAACUUUAUUAUCAGAUGGAUUAAUUAAAGUAUUGCAAAGUCUGGUAUUAUAAAUUGACUGUGAAUAUUAUGUUUUUUAUUGGAUUUAAAUGGUCUGUUUAGUUAAACUGAGUUCCUUUUAAAGGAAUAUUCAACAGCAUUAAUUUAUAUUUAUAAGAAAGGAUUUGUAAUUAUUUUGGGUAAAUAACCCUGAUAUUUUACUUGUAUAUACAUACAUGUCAAUAUAUACAUGGAUGUGUGUGUUGCAACAUUUAAGUGAUGUUUGCUUUUAAUGCUAUUUAUUUUAUGAUAUAUAAGAAUUCUAUUUCAAUGCCCAUAAUUAAGGUGAAAAGGAUUGCUUUUAUUAUCAUUGGCACUUCAACCUCAAGGAAGUUUUUGGAAACUUGUGUCAACAGAACUUCUUGCUCUAAUUCAGCACAUGUUUAAAAAUGAUCAAAUGCAGGUGGUAAAUGAGCACUGCUAGAACAAAAUGUACUUUUUCCAGAUAUUUGGUAUAUUAGGAAGCAUAUACAAGAGAUGUAAUAUACAAUGGUUUUCAUUUUCUAUUUCAUAGUUGUUGACAUACACUGCUACUUUUACACAACAGAGAUCUAUGUGUUUAUUAAAUAAAUAUGGAUAGAACAAGUAGAUGUAUGAAUGAAAUAAAAUUAAUGUAGAUAG